GUUGAAAAACACACAUGUGAAUCCACAAAAUCUCAACUCAAAGAAAAAUUCUCCAAUCAAUUAACUCUCACAAAGGACAUAUCUUCACUUUACCUACCAAAAACCAAAAACCUUGAUUUUUUAAUUUUUACAUCAUAACAACUAAUAAUAAUGAUAAUACAACACCAUGACCAAGUCCAUACUUCUUCUGAACUCCCUCCCAAAAAUCUCUCAUUUACAGUUUCCUCAAAUCUCUCCCACAAAAAUCUCAUCUUUUAAGGUUUCAACAACAUUCAUGGGUCUUCUUCUUCUUCAACAAGAAUUCAACUUUUGUCAAUUCCACUCUGAAAAAUCCAAUCUUUAAUGGAGAUUCAACGACCAGUUAUCAAUCUCAUGGUUCUUCACUCACAACACGAUAAAAGUGACAACCUUUCCCGACGAGAAUCUCUCGCCGGUAAAUCCAAAUGGAGAAUCUCAUUAUCCCGUUCUUCUUCAUCUUCUUCAUCAAACAAUUCUCCGACCAAAACAGAGAUUCCGGCAGAGUUUCUCUGUCCGAUCUCAGGUUCUUUAAUGUCUGAUCCAAUCAUCGUCUCUUCUGGUCACUCCUACGAAAGAGCUUGCGUCAUCGCUUCAAAAACCCUAGGCUUUACACCAAAUCCACCGCCGGAUUUCUCCACCGUCAUACCAAAUCUCGCUUUAAAAUCCGCAAUUCUCAGUUGGUGUGAACGACGGUGUUUUCCACCGCCAAAGCCACUCGAUUCCGCCGCCGCGGAGAAGCUUAUACUCACAUUAAUGGAGAAAACACCACAAAGAAAAGUCUCAGUUUCAGAGAAGGAACUUAUCAAAGCAAUCAGAGAUAAACCAUCAGUGAGACUUAACCACGCUGCGACGGAGCUUGACCGGAGACCUAACUACUUCAAUUCAAGCUCCGACGAGUCAAUAGCUUCUUCAAGCCGUACACUACAAUUAACAACUAAACCUAGUUGCUUCUCUUCACCUUCAUCUGGAGAAAUCGAAUCUUUAGAACCAAACCUAACUCCAGAAGAAGAAGCUUUACUAACAAAGCUAAAGAGUAAUCGAAUCUCAGAGAUUGAAGAAGCUUUGAUUUCGAUUCGACGCGUUACAAGAAUCGAUGAAAGUUCAAGAAUUAGUUUAUGUACAACGAGACUAAUCUCUGCACUUAAGUCACUGAUUGUUUCAAGAUACGUGACGGUUCAGGUUAAUGUCACGGCGGUUCUUGUCAACUUGUCUUUGGAGAAAUCUAAUAAAGUUAAGAUCGUACGGUCAGGAAUCGUUCCUCCGUUGAUCGACGUUUUGAAAUGCGGUUCCGUUGAAGCGCAGGAACAUUCCGCCGGAGUUAUCUUCAGUUUAGCUCUUGAAGAUGAAAACAAGACGGCGAUUGGUGUUCUCGGAGGUUUAGAGCCGUUGCUUCAUUUGAUCCGAGUUGGUACUGAGUUGACUCGUCAUGACUCGGCUUUAGCUUUGUAUCAUCUUUCGCUUGUACAGAGUAAUAGAGGGAAGCUAGUUAAGCUUGGAGCUGUUCAGAUGCUUUUGAACAUGGUGAAGUUAGGACAGAUGAUUGGUCGUGUUUUGUUGAUUCUUUGUAAUAUGGCUUCGUGUCCGGUGAGUAGACCAGCUUUGCUUGACUCGGGUGGUGUUGAAUGUAUGGUUGGGGUUUUGAGAGGAGAUAGAGAGGUUAAUGAGUCGACUCGGGAGAGCUGUGUUGCGGUUUUGUAUGAGUUGAGUCAUGACGGUGGUUUGAGGUUUAAGGGGUUGGCUAUGGCGGCGAAUGCGGUGGAGGAGUUGGUGAAAGUGGAGAGGAGUGGGAGAGAAAGAGCUAAGCAGAAGGCGAGAAGAGUUUUGGAAGUGUUGAGAGCUAAAAUGGAAGAUGAUGAUUCGCCGGAGAAUGAGGAGAUUGAUUGGGAAGAGUUGCUUAAUUCCGGUGAUGUUAGUCGGAGCCGGUUUAGAAUCGGUGGUGAGAAAUCGUGUGUUAACUCGGCCGAGUUUUGACGUGUCUUUUUUUAACUCGUUAUUUUUUUUAAAAAAUUUUAAUUGUGGGUUUUGGGACUUUUUCUUUUUUCUUUUUUACUUUCUAAAUAAUAGAGUUGGGGUUUGUAAUUAGUUGGAGAUGAGGUUUUUUAUUUUGUGAAUUUUUAUGUUGGUGGAUUCUUGAAUUUUCUGGCAAUUUGGGUGGCUUUUCUUUUUGUUAA